UCCUCCUUUUCCCUCCCUCCUCCCCCCCUUUUUGCAUCUCAUUGCUUCAUCCCCAUCCGACGCUGCCAGACAGGCGGCGAGUCCAAAGGCAGCCGCCGGCGAGGAGCCCCGGAGGGAGAUCGGUCGCAUCCAGGCUCCGCAGCCCCGCAUCCCAAAAAUAACACGGACCAUCCGCACUGCUGGAAGAGGAUCCCGGGUUGCACAGCGCGCUCUCCUUUCGAACCGGCGUUUGGCUCUCAGCAUCCUUCCUGCGGCGGAGGCUCUGCGCAUCUGCACGCUCCCCCCCCCCACUUAAACCCCACCACCAGCAGCAGCUCUCCUGGGGAAAAUCCGGAUUUUCCUCUCCGCCCCACAAGAGCCCCCAUCGCUCCUCUCGGAUGGCACCGGAGAGGGGGCGGCCGGGCGCGAUUGCGGCAGCAGCAGCAGCAGCGUCGUGGUGGUCGGGAGAGCGCAGGAUCUGACCGCCCCGGGGGCUCCAUCCGCCGUUUGCAAGGAAGACGAGGGAGGAAAAACGGGGAGCCCCCCACACGCAGCCCCAGGGGUGCAGCACAAGCGCCUUCUUCCAGGGACUAACGAGAAGGAAAACGGCAUGGCGCCCCCCGGCGGCGACGGGAGGAGUCCGUCUGGGGACCGAUCGGACAGGAUCUAGGUUUUUUUUGAAAAAGAGGUCAGUGGGGGUGGGGGGAAGGGAAUCGAUUCCCACCGGGUCCCCCAGUUGCAGCUGGGGUUUUGCAACAGCACCUUUCCGCAGCAACGCUUGGCGACGUCUGCGCGCGCCCUGUCUCCAACCAGCAGCUUUGACCAGCAAGGAUUUCCCCCAUCUGGGGGGGCAGGAGGCACCCCCUCCCUCACACACACGACACCUGCAAGCUUUGCAAUCCGCCUGGCCGUCAAAGGAGCGCCGGCGCUUUUUGCAGCGGCUGGAAACUGAAUUGCAAAACUCGGAAUUAUUCCCAGGACGCAGCAAAGGUGCGCACUGGAAACCGAGCGUGCAAGUUUGCAAAUGGGUGGACUGGAGCAGCAGUUGCAGGAUGAGAAGCGCCACAGGCACUGAGGGCACGACGCUGGUGCAACACCGAUAAGUCCCGGGCUAGGUGUGUUUGGCCACGUUGGUCUGGCAGCCCAUCCCUUGGCAAGCAGGAGGUGACUUUGCUUCCAGAGGCCAGUCCAGGCGAGAACACCCCCACCGAGGCAGAAUCCGGCCAUGAGGCCUGGGCUCCUGCGGGUGGUCGCUUGUAGUGGGCCUGGGGUGCUUUGACUCUGCCCCUCGCCCGCCUGCUCCGUCCCAGCGCCCCCUCUUUCCCCUUCCCUUCCCUCUGACGCCAUGGGGACGGUGCUGUCCCUCUCUCCGGGCCUGCGGAAAACCAGCCUUUACGACGACGGCUCCUCCAGCUCGCUGGCGCAUUACCCCGGCCUGGCGGGUGCCAAGGGCAGCGGCGGCGGUGGGCAGAAGGCCGAGAAGGGGCUCAAGAGACACUCCAUGUUCAUCCCGGCUUUGACCUGGAAGCGGCUAGUGGCCUCGACCAAGAAAAAGGGGUCGCGGGGUGGCGGGGGCGGCAGCAAGGGCCCCUCGAAGAACAAUGGCAACUACGGCCACGCCAAGGACGUGGCCCAGCUGAACCACGAGAACGUCAAAAAGUCCCUCUCCUGCGCCAACCUCGCCAGCUUCGACGGGGCCGAGCCGCCGCUGGCACCCCUCAGCUCCAAGCGCUCCUCCGGCACGCUCAAGCCCGGCGUGGUCGGAGGAGGCACCGCGUCGUCCCCCCGGCGGGUGAUUGUCCAGGCGUCCACCAGCGAACUGCUGAAGUGCCUGGGCGAGUUCCUGUGCCGCCGCUGCUUCCGCCUGAAGCACCUGUCGCCCACCGAGCCCAUCCUGUGGCUGCGCAGCGUGGACCGCUCCCUGCUGUUGCAGGGUUGGCAAGACCAGGCCUUCGUCACCCCGGCCAACGUGGUCUUCGUCUACCUGCUGUGCCGCGAGAUGAUCGACGGGGACACGGUGGCCAGCGAACACGAGCUGCAGGCCGCCCUGCUCACCUGCCUCUACCUGUCCUACUCCUACAUGGGCAACGAGAUCUCCUACCCGCUGAAGCCCUUCCUGGUGGAGGCCUCCAAAGAUGUCUUCUGGAACCGCUGCCUGCGCAUCAUCAAUGCCAUGAGCGCCAAGAUGCUCCGGAUCAACGCCGACCCUCAUUACUUCACCCAGGUCUUCGCCGACCUCAAGAACGAGGGCAACGCCAAGAGGGAAGACUUUGCUCGCAUCCUGGACCGGUGACUGGUUCUCCUGGCGAGGACCGGGGACCUGGCUGGAUUCACCUGUUCCUUCCUGGUCCCUGGAGGGCAAUGGAUGGUUGGUGGCCUGGAGGUCCCCUUCUGAGGCCAGGCCUUUGCCA